UGGGGUCCCACGGGCAUCCCGGAGCUGAAGGGGUUACAGUGUCGGGUGGGGGUGUCCCCUGGGGUGUCCCCACUGCAGAGCAGAGCGGGCAGGAUGGUCCUGGGGCACGCAGGGGAUGAGCCCCUCGGCUGGUACAUUGGGGACGCAGGCAGUGGGACGAUCUACAAGCGGGGACGGCUCCUGGGAGAGGGCACUUUCGGGCGCUGCUACGAGGUGACAGAGGUGAGCAGUGGCCGGCUCUACGCACUGAAGGUCAUCCCUCGAGCCCGGCUGGCUGCGCUGGGCGGCGGGGAGAGGGUGGAGCGGGAGCAGGAGCUGCACCGACACCUGAGCCACCGGCACAUCGUGCGCCUGCACAGGCACUUCAGCGACCGCGGCCGCCUCUACCUGCUGCUGGAGCUCUGCAGCCGCGGGUCCCUGGCUGACAUCCUGCGUGCCCGGGGCCGGCUGCAGGAGCCGGAGGUGCGGUUUUACCUGCGCCAGGUGAUCUCAGGGCUGCGCUACCUGCACGGACGGGGCCUCGUGCACCGGGACCUCAAGCUGAGCAACUUCUUGGUGACGGGGAGGAUGCAGGUGAAGAUCGGGGACCUGGGGCUGGCGCGGGGGGCGGCUCCGGCCGGGCGGCGCUGGGGGGCGCUCUGUGGGACCCCCAGUUACCUGGCCCCGGAGGUGCUGGACCGCAGGGGACACGGGGUGGCCUCGGACAUCUGGGCCCUGGGCUGUGCCCUGUACACGGCCCUGAGCGGCCGCCCCCCGUUCAAGGGGUGCCAGCGGUGGGAGCUGUACCAGCACAUCCGGGGGGCUCGGUACCCGCUGCCCCCCCAGCUCUCCCCCCAGGCCCGCGCCCUCCUCGCCCUCAUGCUGGACCCCGACCCCGCAGCACGGCCCAGCCUGCAGGACGUGCUGGACCACCCCUUCUUCACCCAGAGUCUGGAAGAAAACGCUGAAAGCUCAGUAAAACAUGACACUAAAAUCACCCACAGCCUCGGGGGGGGGGGGCUGGGACCACCCGCCUAA